UGACCAUUUUGUUGGACAGAGCAAAGGAUAAAUUAGAGAUAGAAUGCACUGUAAAUUGAAGUAUUUGAACAAUGCAUCUGAUAGAUUAACACUUUAAAAAAUGUUAUAGAUUAAAAAUAUUAUAGAUUAACCGGUUCUCGCCAUUAAUAUAGCCAUAGAUGCUGGAAAGGUGUUAAGAAUAAAUAAAUAAAUAAAUAAAGCAAGAUGCUGAGCUGAAGAGCAGAGAAACGGGGCGUGUAUGUGUGUUAGAAAUGAGCAUGAGGCACGUGGGGUUGAGACAGUAUCGUGAGAGGGUUUGCUCGUGUGUAUCUGGGGGGUUUGUGUUCACAUCAGCCUGCCGGUAAGAAGAUACUCUCAGACACCAAGCGUAAGACCGUGUGUGUGUGAAGGCAGAUGAUAAACACGCCAGUGGAUGAAGGAACAGCAGCUAGUAGUGAGUGAAAGAAAGGAGGGAGGAGAGGAGAAAUGUGAGUCUCAUGUGUGGCUUUGCUGUCUGGGGCGGAUCUCUGUUAAAGCACUGAAGCGUUCGGCUACAUUCCCACACUGCAGUGCUGUCAUAGCUGGAUAAACUACCAUCUGCUGCUUCUUAUGGACUGAAGCUCUGAGUGACCGAGGACAUUUGUUCAAUGGAGACUAGUUGCAUGUGUGGAUUGACAUCUGAAGGAAGAGAGGACCACGUUGUGUUAAUUGGAAAUGGGAGAAUGGAGUGACACUGGAAUAUCUCAGGAAAAAUCCAAUUCUGUCUAUGCAACACACAUACAGUUAUUCAGGCAUUCAUUUUAACCCUGCAGUAGGGAAUCUGUUUAUUUGUAAGAGCUUGGAAAUUUUGGAAUUCUGUAUGAUGUGUCCGGAUUUAGGUAUUGAACUACUAAUAGGAAAGCAAUAGCUCAAAGUGUCCGAGUUGGAAUCUAUAAUUCUUCUAGAGCGAAUGGAUGCACCUACUUUGCUUUUCUUUCGCUGGACCAUCAUUUCAUUCCAUUUAAAGAAGGUUUUUCCACAAUUUUCCUUAAGGGAAAAAUCUCCAAGGGACUCUACCUCAAGUUACAUACAUGAAUAGAUGAAUAUGUUAAUUUCCAGUCAGGCGCUUUAGCAUAGUCAUACGGUUUUGUCAGUUUUAGUCUGUUCCCAAACUAGCGUGUGGCAGAAUGGAAUCGUGACAUUCCCAUGAUGCUGUGUGGCUUGAGGAGAGAGGGUCGCAACAACAGUGAUGAUGGCCCGUACACAAAGGCAAAUAAAGACGCUACUGCGAGUGAUGGCGUCAGUAAGAGAAGCAGUCUUGCAGACGAGCAAAGAGGUGUGACGACUGUGGAACUGAUUAAAAAAGAGGGCAGUAGUCUCGGCCUCACCAUCUCUGGAGGAUGUGACAAGGACGGCAAGCCAAGAGUGUCAAACCUGAGACCUGGAGGUCUUGCAGCCCGGAGUGACCAGCUCAAUGUUGGUGACUACAUCAAAUCAGUCAACGGGAUAAACCUGUCCAAACUGAGACAUGAUGAGAUCAUCAGCAUGCUGAAAAACAUCGGUGAGCGUGUGGUGCUGGAGGUGGAGUACGAGCUUCCUCCAUUCGCUCCCAGCAAUCCAUGCAGUGUCAUCUCAAAAACUAUCGAAGUGCGCGUGGAGAAAGAGGGCAACAGCUUUGGUUUCGUUCUGAGAGGAGGUUUUCAUGAGGACUGGCAUAAGGCCCGACCUCUAGUGGUGACCUACGUCAGGCCUGGAGGACCAGCGGACAGGGAGGGAACCUUGCGACCAGGCGACCGUGUGUUGAGUGUGAACGGAGUUGCUCUGAACCGACAGAAACAUGCUGACGCUUUGACCCUGAUCAUGCAGAGCAGCCACGAGGCUUUCUUCCUCAUCGAGUACGACAUCGCCGUCAUGGAUUCAGUACAGAAGUCUUCAGGGCCAUUGCAGGUGGAGAUCUCUCGCUCCACAGGUUCAGUACUGGGACUCAGUCUCACUAUUUCCACCUACAGGAACAAACAGGUCAUCACAAUCCAGAAAAUCAAACCUGCUAGUAUUGCAGACAGGUGUGGUGCUUUGCAUGUCGGUGAUAUUCUGCUGGCUAUAGAUGGCAUGAGUACAGAGCACUGCUCACUGAUGGAGGCACAACAACUCCUGUCAAGCUCUUCUGACCUCACCAAACUAGAAAUUUUGCCCUCUCAACACACCAUACCUGUGCACGAUACAGUACGUGUUCAGAAGAGCAGUAACCGUCCGUGGGAUUCUGGUGAGAACUAUGUCAGCAUUCCUCCACCCUUCCAAAAAUCCCCUUCAGCAUGGAGUCACACCACCCCGACGCCAUCACACUGCCGAUCGGUGACAUCUGGAAUCUCCACAAAUACAUCCGGCUUUCACAGUUACAACAGCGGGACCCCGUCAACAUACCCCAACACAUUUCAAAGCAGUACCCUGCCCUCAUACCCCUCCAGCCCUCGCUCUACAGUCACAAAGAGGAGAAACAAGAGAAAAGAUCACAAGAGCUCAUUGUCUCUGGCAUCGAGUACAGUGGGUGCUGGUGGUCAGGUUGUGCAUAUAGAGACCAAUGAGGUGAUUCUGAGAGGAGAUCCUCUUAUCGGCUUCGGCCUUCAGUUACAGGGAGGUGUGUUUGCUACAGAGCCGCUGUCAGCACCUGCCUGUAUCCGCUUUAUAGAGCCUGACACACCUGCUGAGAGGUCUGGGGUGUUACAAGUCGGAGACAGACUGCUUUCCAUAAACGGAAUUCCCACUGAAGACGGAACACUGGAAGAAGCCAAUCAGCUUCUCAGAGAUGCAGCGCUGGCCAAUAAGGUCACGCUGGAGGUGGAGUUUGAUGUUGCAGAAUCGGUUAUCCCCAGCAGUGGCACAUUUCAGGUGAAGAUGCCCAAGAAAAGAGGAGUGGAACUGGGCAUUACUAUUAGUGCCAGCAAGAAGCCAGGAAAACCUCUGAUCAUCUCUGAGAUACAGAAAGGCAGCAUAGCACACAGAAUAGGAACCUUGGAGCCUGGCGAUCGAUUAUUGGCCAUUGAUAAUGUACGACUGGAAAACUGUGGAUUGGACGAGGCCAUGAUGGUUCUCCAGCAGGCGGAGGGGAUGGUCAAACUACGCAUUCAGAAAGAUGAAGAUAACUUGGAUGAAUUAGAGUCGUCUGGUUCGGUCAUUUUCACCGUGGAGCUAAGGAGGCACGGAGGUCCUCUUGGAAUCACUAUUUCUGGCACUGAAGAACCCUUCAAUCCCAUUCUGAUCUCCAGUUUGACCCGCAACGGACUCGCACACAGGACUGGUGCUCUUCAUGUUGGUGAUCGUGUGUUGGCGAUCAAUAACGUGAGUCUGAAGGGAAAACCGCUGAGCGAGGCCAUCCAUCUACUACAGACCGCUGGAGAAACCGUCACACUUAAGAUCAAAAAACGCUCUGAUCCUUUGUUAGAGUCAGACGGGGGCAGCCCAUCCAGGACGACCUCAUGCGUGAGUGACACAGAGGAUGACCAAUCAGAUUCUCUCAGACGGGGCAAAUACUCUGAACUUCGCCUGACCACACCGCCCAGUUUAGACUCAUGGGAUAGUUCGGCUAUGGACGCUGGUUAUGGGAGUCAAGGUGUUUAUAGCCACAGGACAAAUGAUUACACCCUUCACCCUAAUGAUUGGAGACAGACCAAUCACAGGAGCCCACUGACCUCCGGAAGACACGCCCACCGAACCCCAAUGUAUGAUGGGAGGCUGGCUGAAGAAGAUUGGAUAUAUUCUGGAUCUGUCAGUCCCGCACGCUGUUACAACAACAACACAGAAGCUCAGGAGAACUAUUGGUCGCAAGCUCUUCAGGACCUGGAGACCUGUGGCCAGUCAGAAAUCCUCAGAGAGCUUGAGGCCACUAUGAUGUCAGGUAGCACAUUGAGCUUAGGUGAGCUUAGUGAGAAACAGAAUGAAAUCGAGACCAAAGCUCUAACACCGAGCCCGGAGAGGACCUCAGAGAGCAUCGCUCGACUGGAGGAGAUAAAAGACAUGAGUCCUUCCCAGCCUUUAGAGCUUCAUAAGAUCUGUUUGCUUAAGGAUGCUGACACCAGAGACUUUGGGUUCAGUGUUUCCGACGGUCUGCUGGAGAAGGGCGUUUACGUGAACAUGAUCCGUCCCGAUGGGCCUGCGGACCAAGCUGGGUUACGCCCAUAUGACCGAAUUUUACAGGUAAAUCAUGUACGAACACGUGACUUUGACUGUUGUCUCGCAGUGCCGUUGAUCACUGAAGCCGGAGGACAGCUGCAGUUGGUCAUUAGCAGAAACCCUCUCACUCAGGCACACGAUUGGUCACCUAAAGACUGUCAGGACCCUUCUGAUGCACUUCUUUUACUUCCUGCACAAAAUCCAAGAAGAGUUGACCUCUGAUUCUUUGACAAGAGCACAAUUUUUAUAGUUUUUUUUUCACAGAAAUGGUUCUCUCUCACUCUCACAGCCUCUGUUAUACACAAAGUAUUAACAUUGUUGUUUUGAUUUUUGUCGGUAUGUCAUUUGAAUUAGUUUUUCACAGUUUCACAGGGUCCAAUGUUGUUGUUGUUUUAACAUUAACCACCACAAAAGAUCACGUCACAUCUUUAUAUAGUUUAUUUGAUCACUCACAUAUUGUUUAAUUUUUGUUCACAGUGUCACAAAUAUUAUCACACAGGUGAUUCAUGUGUUAAGCGAGCCACUUUUAUUUCAUUGUAUGUACAUGUUUUGUUUUUUCACCCAGUGUGAUAAUCUUUGAUAAUGCAGAUCUGCAGGUUCUCACAAAGCGACAACAAACAACCCAGUCACAUGACUGUUAUGAUGCAGCUUAAGAGAUGAAAACCUUGACGUUUGACAAUUCAAAGGGAGAACAUACAUUUAUAUUCUCACCACACACAUACACAACAUGUGAGCGACGUGUUUCCAGGUGAAUAUUUCAGGUUUAUGUGCAGUGGUGCGGUGAUAGUCGAUGUCUUUUUGUGUGCCGUAAGUGAUUUCGCACCUGGUAAGACUAAGGAAUAAAUUCAGUUUUUAAGUUAUAUAAAGUCCUUGAAAGGAAUUUGUUUUUAAUGUAACUUUUAAGAGCAGAUUGCUGUCUGCGUUUUAUCCACAAUCCUUUAUUGAGUGUGUAAAGCCAUUUUUCCUGUUCGUAGGAUGUUAAUUAUGUAGAAUAUCACAAAUGUGUUUUUAUUCAUUUUGAUUUAGAAAUGAUCAUAUCCUUUUUAAAGAAAAUAAAGGAGAAUAUCUACAAAAGCAGCGUUUACAAAAGAUGGAUGUUGCAAUCGUUCCCCAUCCUUUCACUGCACGUGUCUGACAGAAUGCAGUUGAUUCCCUUGACAGCUUUGGCACGAUGUGUGUCCCACACCUCGAAAGUUGUUUGACAUGACUGCCUAUUUUAGUCCGAGGUUGGAAUCUGUUUCGAGGAAAUGUGAUGCCUAGAAGUCCUGUGGGUUUGAUAUUAAAUGUGGUAGUACUGAUUUGAAUGUGAAGGACAAUUGCUUCAUUCUGAAGUCAAAUAAAGCCAUCAGCAGACUAAAUAUGACCUUUUAUCUUGAAACAUAGAAAAUUCAUAAAAAUAUAUUGUUUACCGUUACAUACUAUAUAGAGAAAAAUUUGCUUAAUGGUUUUGACCCAACAAACACUUUUAAGAAAAAAGGUGCUAAAAACGUUUUUCACAGCGAUGCCAUAUGAGCCAUCCAGUCAAAGCAUCUUUAAAGGUCUCGUUUUUCCUGACCCAUUUUUUAAACUUUAAUUAGUGUGUAAUGCUACUAGAGCAUAAAUUAUACCUGCAAAAUGAUAAAGCUGAAAGUUCAGUGCCAGGCGAUAUAUUUUCUUUAACAGAAUUCCUCUUUCAAAGCCUACAGCGAAUGCCCGGUUUGGACUACAGCCCUCUAUGCAGCAAAUGGCUCUGCUAAGCUAAGCUGCUGUCGAAUCACAACACACUAAACAAGCUAAACAAUCAGAACUCGUUACGUAUUUUUGAAGGAGGGAUUAUAUAAAACAAGAAAGACAUCAGCCCGUUUUAGGACAGUGAAAACAGCGCUAUACAAAUAAGUAAAUUGUGUGAAAAUACUGUGUUUUUUACACCUGAAACAUGAACACGUUGCGCACUGUACACACAAUCAAAGCUAAAAAAAAAAAACAGGAAAAAUGGGACCUUUAAGGAGAGGGGUUACUGCUAUUUCAUGCAUUUUGACUUAACACCGUUAAAGAGUUGUAAUCCUCAUGCUAAACAAAUGCAAAGUGUCAAAAAAGCAGUUGAGUGUGUCGUAUUUCUGAGCCGAACUCACUCCUCCUCUUUCCUACACGUUUCUGAAAGUUUUUUCAAACAUGGGUACCCGUUACAUAUCAGUGACCCCAUAUUCCUUUUAUAGAGGGUUUUCACCGACGUCACGUUCUGGGCGGUAACCCCGAUGCGCGGCCAUGGUGGAGGCACUCGGUGUAAAGAACUGAACGGAGUACAAUGGAAUAUUAUGCGCUUUGGAUACUUUAAGUGAAUGUAGACAUGUCUAAACAACAGAAAACGCAUCCAAGAUGCAAAGGCAUAUAGGGAAGGACUUGGACCACAAGAAAAGGCACGAUAUUUCGAGAAAUUAAAAUGUAUAGGCGGUGCAGAUCCCUACGAGCUCCCUCUUCUAGGAUCCGUGACGACCCGGCGAUUCUUCCUUCAGUUGCAUAUCCCGAUAUAAGUUAGUGAACUACCUAGUUUUCAUGCAGAGCCCAUAUGUCAAUGUAAGCUUUAUUUAUAUAGCAAAUUUAAAAUAGCCAGUGUCCUACCAAAGUGCUUUACUGUAAAAUAAGCACAGUAAAAAAUAAAAGCAAUAAUUGUUUUUACCAUUUACUAUUAAAAAUAUAAUUAUCAUUACAAUAGAAAAUUUGCUAUGAGCAAUUAAGCACACUGGCAUUAAGGCAUUGCAGCGCAAAUUUUAUUUGUGUUUAAGUACAUUUUGUGCAUACACUUAAGUACAUAUUAAAUAUUCUUUAAAUAAAGCACAACAAGUAGAAGCAUAAUUGUUUUAUACUUUAUGUACUUCAAUCAUAUUUCUAAUACAAUACUACUCUUUUUCCUGAGCUUUACCAACCACAAGCGUCGCUCCUCUGAUAAUUUCUUGCAUUCCUUUCCCUGGUUUUUAAUAACUUUUGGAAGUCGAUAAUAAUCCAAAUGUUUUUCUCAAUAUGUACUGUUGGUACCAUCUCAAACACGGCAAUAAUUAACUAUUUUCCUUAACGAC